GUAGAUAUCAUUCACAGACGACUCCAUAAGGACAUCCUCCACAACCCUGUGGUCAUGUUGAACUUUUGCCCUGACCUCAAGUCUAUCAGCUCAGACCUGAGGAAGGUUCACGGCGAGUUUAUCUUCCUCAUCGACCGCAGUGGUAGCAUGAGUGGGGUUAACAUCAACCGUGUGAAGGAUGCCAUGGUGGUGAUUCUCAAGAGCCUUGUGCCAGGCUGCCUUUUUAACAUCAUAGGCUUCGGCUCUACAUUCAAAUCACUUUUCACAACCAGCCAGAACUAUGACGAGGAAGCCCUGGUCCUGGCUUGUGAGUAUGUUAGGAAGAUCAGAGCCGACAUGGGGGGGACCAACAUCCUAGCACCGCUCAACUGGAUCUUGAGGCAGCCGAUGUUCAACGGACACCCACGCCUACUCUUCCUGCUCACCGACGGGGCCGUCAGCAACACAGGCAAGGUUAUCGAGCUGGUCCGCAGCCAUGCACGCUACAUCAGAUGUUUUACAUAUGGCAUAGGACAGAAUGCCUGCAGGAGGCUGGUGAAGGGACUGGCAACUGUUUCCAAAGGAACAGCAGAGUUCCUGGCCGAAGGAGAGAGGCUGCAACCCAAGAUGAUAAAGUCCCUAAAGAAAACCAUGUCUCCAGUACUCAGUGAUAUUUCCAUCGAAUGGCUCUUUCCUGAGACCAAAGAAGUGCUGCUGUCCCCUGUGGGCAACACCUUCCUGUUUCCAGGGGACAGUCUGAUUGGUUACUGUGUGGUUUGUGACACCACCCGCUACCAUGCCAACCCCAAAUCUGAUAAGAGGAGGCGAUACAGCAUGAUGCGCUCCAUUGAAUCAGCCAGCUCUGUGUUUCACUCUCAAGAAGAGGACCCAGUGAAGACAGGUGUCGACAGUCAGGGAUCCUACAGGGAAGCACUCACUGGCCCUCUGUAUGACUUCUACCAGGACACCAUGAUAGACAGCAGCCCUGCCACCACAGAGCAAGACACCAUGGGGUUGGAUUGUAAGACCUCUCCGAGAAGGCGCGCAUACAGUACCAACCAGAUAAUAGACUACAACCCAGCAAAGAAGGUCUACACUCCCAGUGAUCCCAGUUCUGUGGUGGUAAAGAAUCCACUGAGGAGAACCAAAGUCCAGGAGCUGAUAGGCCAGAUGAGCCCUGAGCACGAGGCACAGUGGAGGAACGACUACCAGCCACAGCUGGCGAGCCUGUGUGCCACAUCUUCCAGAGGCCGUUCCGCCAGCUGUCACAGGCCGUUCCCUCUGCAGGAGCCGCUGCUGCAACAGGAAGCCGACUCAGAGCUUCAUUUCCAUUCUCAGCCUCAGGACAACCCUCAGCUCAGCGGCAUCAGCAUGACGCCUUCAGCUCGCAACACCACUGGAGAGGAUGGCUCCAGAUCGUCCACUGACAGCCCAUCUGUUGGCAGUGCUGGAGAUACAGAUGGUUAUGGACACCAGUUAUGUCAAGCAGAAACCCCACAGGAGACCAGAACGUCAGAUCUGGGUGCAGCAAGCCAGCACAAAGGUGACUGCAAGGCCUUGGUGUCCGGACUGCUGUGUGGGAAACCAGAGAAAUGGGAGGUCGUCUUUGAUAUCGAGCCCUUCCUGAAUGGCCGUGAACGUGAGGAAAAGGUUCAUGAAGAGCUGUGGAAUGAGACCUUCCACCACCUGGCUGGACGCUCCAUCAUACAUGACUUUGAGCACAUGGUGGAUAAGGAGUGUGAGAUUGAACAUGGCUCUGGGAGGAAGUACCAACUAUAUGCUAUUCACACCAGCAAGGCCUGCAAUAUACUGAGCAAAUACACAGCGUUUGUUCCAGUCGACCUGGAUACUAAUGAGUAUUUGCAGACAUGUAUUGAGUACAUAAACCCCAGUGAAAGUCUAAAGAGGGGCUCACAUUCCAGCUCUCGUUCAGGGAGCAGGAAGAACCGCGGGUACUCC